UUUUAUUUAUUUAUUUAAGUGGAUCUUUUUUUUUUUUUCUUUUCUUUUCACGUUAACACCAGGGGUUUAGAAAGGAAUCUGCCGGUAGCAUGAGCGGAGGGAGAUUUGAUUUCGAUGAUGGCGGCGCGUACUGUGGCGGUUGGGAAGGCGGUAAAGCCCACGGACAUGGUAUCUGCACCGGCCCAAAAGGUCAGGGAGAGUACUCUGGAUCAUGGAAUUACGGGUUCGAGGUGGUCGGGAUUUACACGUGGCCAAGCGGCAAUACUUAUGAAGGAUACUGGUCUCAAGGUAAAAGACAUGGUCUGGGGAUCGAAACCAAAGGACGUUGGGUGUACAAAGGCGAGUGGACUCAUGGAUUCAAGGGAAGAUAUGGAAUAAGACAGAGCACCAGCAGCGGGGCAAAGUACGAAGGAACGUGGAACAAUGGCUUGCAAGAUGGAUAUGGCACCGAAACCUACGCCGAUGGAGGAACCUUCCAGGGGCAGUUCACAAAUGGCAUGCGCCACGGGUAUGGAGUUCGUCAAAGUGUACCUUACGGAAUGGCCGCUGUGGUUCGAUCACCUCUGCGUACUUCGUUAACCUCACUUCGUAGCGAACACAGCAAUGGAACUCUGCUGCAACAUGAUACCAUCUCCAUGUCUCCAGAUAAUAUUGUGGCACCGACAAUUACUCGAGGAGGGUUUGCCCUCUCUCUCUAUUCCGACCUUGAGUCACUCAAGGGGAAGAAGAAAGGUCUAUUUAGAAGAGGUUCUCUGCUGGGCAAGCUGAGAAAAUCAGAUUCGAAAACAUCUCUUUCAUCUCAAAGAAGCAAGCUAAGCUUCUUGAAGAGUGAAAGCGGGGUGAGUUCAGCAGCGAGCGACGCCAACUCAACGGUGAGUUUUGGCGAUGGGACGGAAUCCGAAGAAUUCCCACCGGUCGAGUCCGAUAUCGAUGCCACAACCACAGAGGUCUACAUGGGAGAAUGGAAGAACGACAAGAGGUCAGGGUUUGGAAUCAGCGAACGUUCAAGCGGGUUAAAGUACGAGGGAGAAUGGCUGGACAAUCUACGGCAUGGAUAUGGCUGUACGACAUUUCCAGAUGGACGGAAGGAAGAAGGAAAGUAUAGGAACAAUGUUUUAAUUAAAGGAAUGAAGAAACGGGUGAUACCCCUUAAGAGUACCAAGAUUAGGCAGAAAGUUGACAGAAGCAUCGAAGGAGCACAGAGGGCGGCAGCAAUCGCGCGGCAAAAAUCAGAGAUCGCAGCUUCCAGGACGACUCACGCAAAAGCCAAAGCCGAAGGGGCAGAGCAGGCUGCGCAGGCGGCUAACAAUGAGUCCGGCAUCGCGAGGACAAUGGCCAGGGAACUUUCUCCAGACUUUCACCAGCCUGGACCCGAGUAUAUCAAGAGGAAGCUGCUUCAGGAGAUCAUAGAAAAUGCAGAACAAAUGGAGCAAAAAGAACCAGCGGCUUCAGCUAAUAAGGAACCACCUCCAACUCCCCCGGAGAGCCCUCAACUUCAUGAUAAACAGCCGUCUCCCCGCGAUAUGUCUCCGGUGCGAACGCCGUCUCCGGCCUCUGCCGAAGCGCCAACAGAUGCAAAAAGAUUUAAGCAGAGCUCAAAGAAAGAGAGGUUGUUGACCCCCAGCAACUGGAAUGGAGAACAGAGCCGUGGUGGAAGUAGGGCUGCUACCCCGUCGAAUGUCACACAGGGUAACACUGGCUUUCCGGCUUAUAGUACAUCGAAGCCGAGUAACAGAAUGCCUCCUGCAUAUGACAAACUAUCAGAUACCGAUGUGGAGUUUCAUAAGGGCUAUCAUAGUUAUGCUGUACGGACCUCGCCAGUGACUCCUCCGCUGGACCACGAGGAGAGAGAAGCAUUCCCGUCACCUCAAUUGUCGCCUAAGGUCUUAACUCCAGACCUGAAAGAACCUGUCAAAGAAACGCUACCGUCUUCCCAAUAUGGCCAAGAAAGGAAGACCAUGGUGGAGCCCCUUAUGAAAGCUGAACCUAUCAAAGACCUCAAGCCUGAUACGUAUAUGGAGAAGCCUCAGACCAAAACAGUCUCAAAGGCUGAUUCUAGAAAUGAUCUUAACAUAGAAAUGAAAAGAGAAAGGGUUUAUGAGACCAAGACAGUCCAGAAGCCUGAGCCUAAGACAAUCCAGAAAACGGAACCAAGAAUUGUACAGAAGGCACCUGCACUUAAACCAGACACUAAAGCUGUGCCAAAAGCAGCUCCCCAAAAAUCUGAACCAAAGGCCGGACUUAAGUCGGAGUCUAAAGCAAUGACAAAACCUGAAGCUAAGAGUCUAGUUAAAAAGGGAUCCCAGGCUGCAUCGGUAACAAAUACGCAUGACGAGGUUAAAGAGAGACCCGACAUCAUCAUGAUCUGCAUGGUCAUUUUAUUGAAUAUCGGCCUGUCCAUCUUAUUUGUGCAUUUAUUGACAUGAAGACACACUGGAAAUUUGUAAUGCAAACCAUGGAUUGUCGAUGCAGCUUUUCAGAUUCAUCACACGGGAAGACUCCAGGACAAGCAAAGCUGGUUUGCACCUUGACGGGUGUUGAAGAAGUUGACCGAUGUGAAGAGAUGUGGACAGUCGAUGUAUCUUCACGCCAUAUUUGCCUGUUCGACUAAAUCGACGGUAUCAAGCGGAUUUAGAAUUAUUCUUUUUUUUUUUUUUUCGGGGUUGUCACAUGGCCUUGUUUGCAAAGAAAAGUUAAUAGCGUUAAUCACUAUGGCAACAACAACAAAAAAAUAGAAUUUCUAUUUUACCUGUGAAUUCUAGUAAUAAAGAGAAACUGUAUCUUUGCAGCACGUGGGUUAGGAAAUUUUAGAAAUGAAAAUAUUUAUACGUUACGGAACAAAAAGGUGUCCAAAAAGUGACUCAUCCAUUCACAGCUAUUUAUAUUUUUUAAUUUUUUUUUUUUUUUUUUCUGCACACAUAAUUUAGGUUAGAAAUUGGAUGUUAUAGGAACAAAACAGAGAUGAUAUGUUUACACAUUUUCACUUGCAAAAAAAACUGUUAACACAUUAUCUAACCCCAUGUCUUAAAGAUAGAAUUUCUAAUAGGUAGAAUUUUUUUAAUUAUAAUUUUUUUUUUUGCAUGGCUUCACGCUUUGUUAAAAAAAAUUAAAAAACAAAGGUUAUGCAAAUACAGGAGUGAAGAAAGUGCACAUUUUGAUUUUUUAAGAUGCACAUUGCAUUGAACACUAUUAAAAAAAUAAAGAAAACAUAUAUUUAUAUAUAUAUAUUGUCUGACAGAGGUGAAGUCUGCCACUUCUCCAGAAAAGUAGGUUUUUUUUUAAAUAAAACACUUAUUUUGGUGUUUUCGCGUUUCGGCCUUUUCAAGCUCAGAUAGUGGUAAAGAUUAGGCGUUACAGAGGACAUAUACUAAACUACCAAUUGGUUAGCAAACCCAAAUAAUAAAAAUAAAAAAUCUGAAUAUUUUUUCUUUUUUUAUUCUCCAUUUGCUAUUGCCUGGCACAAUUCUGUUUUAAAACAUGACAAAGUUCCAAAACAUAUUAAUUCACAGUGGCAUUUCUUUACAUUGCUCUUUUUAACCAAUUUUCCUUUUUUUGGGUGGUUUAGUACAUGGCCCAUAUAACACUUAAAAAAAAAAAAAACUUUCCAUAAGCCACACCCCCUAUUGUAUUUGGACUCCUAUUGGUUGCUAGAAAGUGAACUCAUAGCCAUACCUGGGAACUUCUGAGCUCCGGCUACCUUGCGGUACACGGCCAACACUGCCCUCGAUGGGCAGUCCCAUGAUGUCAGUGGGCAGUCCUGAUGACAUCAGUGGGCAGUUCAGAUGACAUCGGGGCAUUCCCGCUGAUGUUAGUGGAGCGUUCCCGCUGAUAUCAGGGGAAACACCCCCAUUUUAAGGGGAAAUGGGCGGGGUGCAGGGCGUGUCAAGACCCCGCUCCCGCAACAAGGGGGAUUCAGGUGUUGACCAGGAGAGUUCCCAGGUAUGCUUAUAGCAACAUACAAAAAAUAACAGAAAAUUCUAUAAAGUAAGUAUUUUCAAAUGUAAAAACUAAAUAAUCCC